GACGAAAAGCGGAUUUCCUUCCUGAAAAUUCCCCCCCCCCUCCUUUUUUUUCCUCUUCGAAGACCUUCAACAAUGCGUUUAACUUCGAAACGAAGGCUCUAUCAUUUCACGAAAACGAGACUCUCUCGUCUGAAAUCAGCCUCCUUUUGUACAUCGGCUGAAAACGACGCCGCAGCCGAGGAAAUCGCCGCUAUCCUCGAAAAAAAGGACUGGAAACGCCUUCUGGAAACAACAUCAGAAUUGGAAAACAAGCUAAACCCUGAAACGGUUCACUCGAUUCUUCACCAAAGCUCGGUUCGUGAUCCCAAGCGCCUCUUUAAUUUCUUUAACUGGGCAAUUCACCAAGUCCCCAACCCUCAAAAUUUGGAUUCUUUUUCAUUUCUAGCGAUUAUUUUAUGUAAUUCAAAGCUGUUUCGUGAUGCCAAUAUGGUUUUAGACAAAAUGGUUCAGACCAGGAGGCCUGUUCAGGCCGUUUUGGCUUCAAUUAUUAGGUGUUAUAAGGAGUAUAAAGGGAAUGAUGCAGGGGUUUUUGAGAUUUUGAUUGAUUGUUAUAAAAAAGUGGGUUCUUGGAAUAAUGCUGUUUACGUUUUUUUGGGUGCUAAAGAAGGUGGGUUUUUGCCUGGUUUGGUUUGUUGUAAUAAUUUUUUGGGUGAUUUGGUUAAGUUUAAUAAGUUGGAUUUGUUUUGGAAGGUUUUUGACGGGAUGGUAGAUGCUAAACUGGUUCCUGAUGUUUAUACUUUUACUAACGUGAUUAAUGCUCAUUGUCGAGUUGGGGAUAUUGAGAAGGCAAAAAGGGUGAUACUUGAGAUGGAGGAGAAGGGAUGUACUCCUGGUUUGGUUACUUAUAAUGUUAUGAUUGGUGGAUUGUGUAGAGCUGGUGUUGUUGAUGAAGCAUUGAAGUUAAAGAAGUCCAUGGCUGAAAAGGGUUUUGCUCCCGAUGCUUAUACUUACAAUACGCUUAUUGAUGGGUUUUGUAGGGAAAAGAGAUUCAGUGAAGCAAAAUUGAUGAUGACAGAAAUGCGCCGUGCAGGUUUAAAUCCUAACCAUUUUGCUUACACAGCUUUGAUUGAUGGGCUCAUGAAACAAGGGAAUGUUGUGGAGGGUUUCCGAGUCAAGGAUGAGAUGGUUGCUCGUGGAAUUAAAUUGAACGUGUUCACAUAUAAUGCGCUCAUUAGUGGUGUCUGUAAGGCUGGCGACUUAGAGAAGGCAAAAGCUCUGUUCAAUGAGAUGGUUUGGAUUGGCGCUGAACCUGAUGCACAAACGUUUAGUAUUUUGAUUGAGAGUUAUUCUCGAGCAAAAAAAAUUGAUAAGGCGUAUGAACUGCUUAAUGAGAUGAAGAGGAGCAACUUGACACCCACAUUGUACACUUAUAGUGGGAUAAUUAAUGGCCUAUGCCAUUGUGGAGAUCUUGAACGGGCUAAUCAUGUUUUGGAUGCAAUGGUUGAGGGAGGGUUGAAGCCCAAUCUUGUUAUCUAUACAAAUCUGAUCAAAGGUCAUAUCCAGAAAAGUAGAUUUGAAGAAGCAAGAAGGAUUCUAGACAGAAUGAUGGAGAAAGGGGUACUGCCUGAUGUCAUUUGUUGCAAUACUCUUAUAAGUGGCUUAUGUAAGGCCCAAAAGAUGGAUGAAGCAAGGAGUUGCUUAGUUGAAAUGGUUGACAGGGGAUUGAAGCCAAAUGCACAUACCUAUGGGGCUUUCAUCCAUGGAUAUGCUAAGGCAGGGGAAAUUGAGGCUGUAGAAAGGUGUUUUAAAGAGAUGCAAAAUUAUGGUAUAGCUCCUAAUAAUGUUAUUUAUUCUGAAUUGAUUAACAGCCACUGCAAGGCGGGAAAUGUAACGGAGGCUCUUUCCACAUUAAGGUGCAUGUCUGAACAAGGCGUGGUCCCUGAUGUGAAGACUUACACUGUCCUCAUCCAUGGCCUUGCAACAAAUGGCAGAAUUAAUGAUGCGAGGGAUGUUUUCUCUCAACUUCAUGGCAAGGGUAUAGUGCCUGAUGUUUUCACUUAUACUUCUCUCAUUUCUGGCUUUUGUAAGCUGGGUGAUAUGAAGGCAGCUCUCAAUCUUUAUAAAGAGAUGUGCCAGAAAAGCAUUGCUCCAAACAUUGUUACGUAUAACACGUUGAUUGGUGGUCUGUGUAAGGCAGGUAACAUUGAGAAAGCUAGGAAGGUGUUUAAUGAAAUCUCACAGAAAGCCUUGGCACCUAAUACCAAGAGUUAUACUAUGAUUAUAGAUGGAUAUUGCAAAUCUGGAAAUUUAACUCAGGCAUUUCAGUUACUGGACGAAAUGCCCUCAAGGGGUGUUCCACCAGAUAGUUUUGCUUAUUGUGCCCUUGUUGAUGGAUGCUGUAAAGAAGGAAAAUUGGAGAAGGCUCUCUCUUUAUUUUAUGAAAUGGUGAGGAAGGGCUUUGCUUCCACGACUGCUUUCAAUGCAUUGAUUGAUGGAUUGUGCAAGUCAGGGAAACCGAAUGAUGCUAAUGGGCUGUUAGAAGACAUGGUUGAUAAGUGUAUCACACCAAAUCAUAUAACCUACACAAUCCUGAUUGAUCAUCACUGCAAGGCAGGAGAGAUGAAAGAAGCUGAAAAUCUCUUUCUGGAAAUGCAAAGGAGGAAUCUGGUUCCAAAUACUGUAACUUACACCUUGCUUUUACAUGGUUACGACAGAUUAGGGAGGAGAGCUGAGAUGUUUGCUCUUUUUGAGAGGAUGGCAGCAAAUGCGGUCGAACCUGAUGAAAUAAUCUAUGGUCUUAUGACUAAUGCACACUUGAAAGAAAAUAAUUUGAUUGGAAACUUGAAGCUGUUGGAUGAAAUAUUAGUGAAGGAUGUUGUCUUGGAUCAAAAAUGGUCUUCUCUGCUGCUGGAUGCAGUAUGCAAAAGAGAGGAAUUUUCUGAAGUUGUAAAGUUUCUUGAUGAAAUGGCAGAGCAAGGACUGAGGCUCAGUCCUGUUACAUGUCACAAGCUAGUUCGAAGUUUUCAUGAUAAAGGAAGUCUGGAGAAAGCAGAACAAGUUCUGGAGAGUUUGGUCCAGUUUGGAUGGGUUCCAAACUCCACCAGUGUACAUAGUAUAAACCAUAAAGAUCAUGAUGAUGCAAACUCUGAGAGUCCUGGCAAUUUCUCAAAGCAAGUGACAUUUGGGGUUGCUUGUUAGGUGUAAGCAUAGUUACGGGAGAAGCAAACUAGACCAACUGUUCUUUUUUUCCCUUCCCAGUUAAAAUUCACGGAAUCAACAAUGGAAGCUGGUUUGUGCUGGUGCUACAGUAUACUAACCUUUCGCAGGGCUUAGAAAUUAAGGGGUAUGCGAAACUUCUGGUUUUAACAAUUUGCAGCCAUUUGGAAACUAGUCGUUGUGGAUACUUCCUAUCAAAAUGGAAGGUUCAGCACCCCCAGAAAUGCUUACAUGUUUAUUUUGAAUAAGCUUUGUAGGCGUGAAUACAAGCUUUUGUUACAUUGUUUGCCGCUCAAAGGUACUAUCUGUGUGUGUCUGUUAAGAGCGCCAAGACCUCAUUAUCAUCAAUGCCUGAUGCUGAUGCAAGCUGAAGCGCAGUGUUACCUUCUCCAUCUACAGCAUGCGGGUCUGCUCCCCUGCAAUUGUGGAACUGGGUGAGUUGCCUUCACAGCACUGGGAAAAAUAACUAGCGUAAACAAAGUUAUGGAUACAUAUUCCAGAAAUGAUGAAAAAGAGGGCAGAAGAACAUUUUUCAUCCUCAACCUCUCAAGAUGGCCUUGUAUUGAUAGUGUGUGCAGCAACAAGCUUUUCCAUGACCUACACGCAAAUGCUUUUUCCUCUUCUUUUGAAAUAAAAUCCUUUUCCUUUAUUCUAGUUUUGGAGGAAGGAUGGAUCUUAUCAAUGUACAUUUUCCACUAAAAGAGAACAAAAAAUCAUUUCAGACGUUUUCACGUAUCCUACCGAGGAGGUGGAUUGUUAUCUAUCAAAUUCAAACAUGGGAGUU